GGUGGAUGUUACAUGGCAAGUGUAUCCGUUCGUCUCUGUUUAGCCUGCACUACACGGGCCUUGCCUAGAUACUUAGCAUCUCAUCGAUUUAGCACCAGGGGCCAGUACUGCGUAAGAAAUGAGACCUAUAAAAGUGGCAACAACUCAAAAGAGGCAGGUGGUGGAUCAAGAAAGAUAAAUAUCCUCGCUGCAGCUGUAGGAGUAGCCAUUAUAUCAAGUAAUUCUGAAGAGGAUAAUGCUGGCAACUACAUUGAGGGUUUACCUACAUACACAGCUCAAGAUGUAAUGCUGCGUGAUGGAAGUGAUCAUGAAAACAAAGAUUCGAUCCCGUCUAGAGUUUGGAUUUCAUAUAAAGAAGGGGUUUAUGAUGUGACGGACUUUAUAAGUCAGCAUCCUGGUGGGGAGAAACUACUGAUCGGUGCGGGAGGUCCUAUUGAACCUUUCUGGGCUCUUUACGCUGUGCACAAGAAACCAUAUGUGUACAAAUUGCUUGCGGAGUACAGAAUAGGUAACCUAUCCAAAGCUGACAUAGUUAAAGAGGAUAGUGAAGACCCGUAUGCCAACGACCCAGUACGACACCCAGCCUUCAACAUAAACAAUGCUCGACCGUACAAUGCGGAACCUCCUUUAAAUAUACUAGCUGAUAACUUUAUCACUCCCAAUGAUCUGUUCUACGUGAGGAACCACCAUCCAGUACCGGAAAUUGAACCAGAGGAUUACGAACUUCAGAUAGAAGGAGUCGGAUUUGAGGAGCCAGUAAACCUGACCUUAUCAGACUUACAGGAGAUGGAGCAACACACAGUUACAGCUGCUAUCCAGUGUGCUGGCAACAGGCGAGCUGACAUGUUGCAGCACAAGCCAGUACGAGGUAUGAACUGGGGAGGAGCUGCCAUAUCUAACGCUACCUGGUCAGGUCCCAAACUGUGUGACCUUCUCAACCACCUCGGCUGGGAUGAGGAGAAGUACCCUGCUGUCAAACACGUCUGGGCUGACGGUUUAGAUUACGGACCAGAUGGAACUAGCUACGGUGCUUCAAUCCUGAUAGAAAAGGCCAUGGAUCCCAGACAAGAUGUUAUACUUGCUCUAAAAAUGAACGGAGAGGAGCUGCCACGAGACCACGGUUACCCAGUCAGACUGGUAGCCCCGGGAGUGGUGGGAGCUCGUAACGUGAAGUGGGUAGGCAGUAUUACUCUGAGUGAGGUGGAGAGUUUUAGUCACUGGCAGAGGAGAGACUACAAGGGAUUCAACCCAAGUAUAGACUGGCACAAUGUAGACUUUGACGACAAGUAUGCAGUUUCCAUACAGAAUCAGCCAAUCACCAGCAUGGUGUGUGAUCCGCUUGAUGGAGGAACUGUGGAGAUUAUUGAUAACAAGAUACAUUUGAAGGGUUAUGCGUUCAGUGGUGCGGGCGCUAAGGUGAUAAGGGUGGACGUUACAUUAGACGACGGUGUUACGUGGCAGACUGCUGAGCUGGUACAAGACGACAGUCCUCUUAACCGGUGUUGGUCUUGGUCGCUCUGGGAGGGUGAUAUUGAGUUACCGGAGGGAUCAAAACCUGGAGACGAGGUGAAGGUGACGUGUUGUGCUGUGGACUCCAACUACAACAGACAGCCGGAAAAAGUGAAGAAUAUCUGGAAUUUAAGGGGAUGUCUCAGCAACUCCUGGCAUUUCAUUAGUGUCAAACUGAAGUAAAUUAUUAUAAGGUUUAGAAAAGUUAAAGCAGCGAAUUACGCUAAUUUAAAAAGACUUCGGUUUUAAAUGUAUGCAUCCGUACGGAUGAUGAUUAAUCACUCUACACUCGACUGUCACUUGACUUUUUCAACCCGUUCUCUAGCUGGCCGGGCCAGCCUGGUCCUGAACGACUAUUCGAAACCCUAACCCUCUAAUCUGAUCCCAUCCCUAACCCUACCCCAAUCCCUGACGAAAGCAUAUGCCGAAACCCUAAACCCAACGAGAAAUUAGACCAACUUCCUUAUACGGUCAUAUCACGUGAUCGAAACAGUUUUUCGCCAAUAUCUCGGUAGGGGAUCAUUUUAACCCUAUAGAUUAGUAUUACUUAUGUCAUGGGGGUGAUUAGGAAUCAGCGUCCGAAAAUACAUCGAUUUUUAAAAGAAAAAUCUCGAAGGUCGAGUGUAAAGUGAUUUAGCACGCUCGCAUCGGUACUGCAUGGUUACCGUUUUUUGCCGAUUUUUACUUACUCAUUAUGUUAAUACAUAGUAAAACUGAUUAGAUUUAAAUUUUGGGACCUAGUAAACUUUAAGUAAUUAGAAUUAACUUAUCGCAUUUUUGUAAUUGGUUACAGUUUGUAUCAUGUUCUUACUUCAUAAGGGGUCGUUCACAUAUUACGUAAUCAAUUUUUGAACAGUUUUUACCCCCCC